AUGCCACAAGGUGUUGUGAUCAGCUAUUUUGAUCCUUUUGAUACCUUUGAUGCUGUUAAAGAUGAGUUUUUAAAAGUACUGGAUUUAAGCAACGUUCAUUGGAAAUCAACAGAUGGGAACCUAAAGACUAUUGAUCGAAUUUCAGUGAAAUUAUUGACUGAAACCAAUUCAAAUGAAAAAAUGAUUCAAGUUUCCAAGCCUUUUAUUAAAUUUCUAGUGGUAACAUGUAAAUCAAUUGAUGAUUAUCGUUCAAAAGUGCGCCCCUUAAUACGCCAAUGGUUACCAGAAAACUAUCUACAUUCAAGUGGUAAUGACUCUACUAUAAUUGAAGAUUUUAAUAAAAAAAAAUCAAAUAAAGAAGAUAGAAACAUGGAGAAAAUCUUACGAUCUAUGAAUUCAAAGCCUAUAAUCCUAUUAUAUUCCAAUGCAGAAGUAAUCAACUCAACGCUAUUCAAAUCAACUACAUUAAUUGAAAAAUUCAAUAAAGAUUUCCCAGAUAUUCAAACUUUAGAAAUUAAAUCUGUUUACAAAUCACCUAAUGAGAAGAUGCAAUUUUGGAAUAAUUUAAGUUCUACUCUGAAAAAUUAUCUCUUGGAUAUAUUUGAAGAUAGAUUAAAUUUUUUAAAUAAUCAUUUAAAUAAUUUGGAAUUAACAGAACAGAAUUUGAAUAAUAUUUUAAUCUUAAGGGAAAAUGUCUUAGAUCUUUUAUCAGAAUUUAACAUUUUAGAUAAAGCAAAUGAACAAUUGAAUUUACUUCAAGAUAUUGUAGAGACUCACUUAAAAUCAAAAUUAUUAAAGGGUUCUCUAGAGAUUCCUUUCAAAUUGAAAGUGCAUAGUAAUGCUAAUGAUGAUACUAAUGAUAAUGAUGAUAACUUUAAUAAUGAUGGUCAUUUUGUUUCAAUUGAUAAACUAAUCUCGCAAAAUGAUAUGUCAAUUUUCCAAUUGAAUAAAUAUUUUUUUCAAAAAAAUAUACGACUAUUACAUUUAGAACCUUCAACAACAAUUAGAUUCUACAAAACUUAUAAAUUAUUAAAAGGCUUCAUAAAAAAUAUUGAUAUAGAAUUUAAAGAUGAUCCCAAUUUAUUAUUAUUUAAAUAUCAUUUAUUAGACCGUUUGUUAACACUUUUAGAUGAAAUAUACUUGCCAAAUAAUACAACAAACUCACUUUUACCAGUUUCUACCACUAAUUCUGCCUUACCGCCUUUAUAUAUUGAAAUUAGAGCUCAAAUGCUUCUAUUCCAAAGAGAUUGUUGGUUACAAGGUAUAUUACAAAAUACUGAAUAUAAAUUGGUAGGUAAAUCAUAUCCUCAUAAUCCCUUAUCAGUUAAAUCUAAUUUUAGUGAUAUUGUUUCAUUAUAUAAAACCGAAUCUUCAUUCCAAGAUGAAUUUAUGAAUUUGACAAAAAAAAUUAUAGGGAUCUUUUCACAGUGUAAUGGAAAUUAUGAUCGAACAAUUGAUCUUUUAUCUGUAGAGAUUGGGUUAAUUCACUAUCAACGGAAAGAAUAUAGCAAAGCAAUUAACGUUUUUACAUCUGCAUAUGAAUAUUAUUCUAAUUCUAAUUGGAAUUUAAUUGGGUUGGGAAUUUUGAAUGUAUUUGUGGAUUCUUUAAAUAAAUGUGAAAAUUUAAAAUAUUUGAAAAUUGAUAACACAAAUGUUCCAGUUUCUACAAUCUUAUGUAAUUCGUAUUUGAAUAUAUUAAAGAUGAACCAAAAAAAUGAUGAAAAACUAAAACUUUGGGAGAAAUUUAAAGAUUCAUUAACAAAUUUAAGUGACACAUUACUUUAUAAAUUUGAUCAUUAUUUUAAAAUAAAGUACAGUACUAAAAUUGAUAUUCCAAGACCAAAUACUUACUCAAUUGAUAUUAAUAUUGAUAAUUUUUUAAUACCUGAUGAAAUAGAUGUUGAUUCGAUUAUAUUAACUUUCCACAACGUUAUUCCCAAUAAUUUUGAUGAAGAUAAUGAUAUUUUAAUCUUCCAAACAGAAAAUGUAAAAUUAAAAAAAAAUAUUAAUAAAAUCACAUUAUAUUCAACUUCUAUUUCGUUUGCAAAUUUUAAGAUCAUGAGUUGUGAAGUUAAUAUUGGAAACACUACUUUUAUAAAAAAAUUUAAAUUCAAUAAACACAAAAUUUCAUAUCCAAUUUUACAAAUUGUUCCAUUAUAUAAUGAAAAUAACUUUGAAGUAGAUAUACGACAAGAUACUGAAAUGACUUUGGGUGAAUAUUUAUUUAAAUUGAAAUAUAAAAAUGUUGAGAAAAUCAAAGAUUUAAAUAUUAAAAUUGAUGUCUUGCCUGAUGAACCUACCGAUUUACCUGAAGAACCAUCAAAUAAGAAUGGAUUUGAAAAAAAAUAUCCUGUUUCAUUAUCUAAUAAAAAGAAACAAUAUUUUAUGGAAAUUACUAAGGAUGAGUUAGUUCAUAAAUUUCAAUAUUAUAUAAAUAAAAAUGGUGGUACUUUUUACUUAUAUGUAAAAUCUACAUUUACAUUGAUUGAUGAUGAUUCUAAGACCGAAUAUUCAGAAGUUAAAAUUUUAUCAUUUUUAAAUCAUAUUCCAAUAUCUGUAUCUGUUGAAGAUAUUUUCAAAAAAAAUGCAUUUUAUUUCAAAUUUUUCUUAAAUGUUUCUACAGGUCAUGAACCAAUUGUUUUACAUCAAUCUAGUUUAAUACCAAAUAAAUCAAAUAAUGAAAAAUAUAAAAUAUUUGGUAAUUAUAAACCAAGUGAACCAAUAUAUUUGACAGAUGGUGAUAUAGAGAAUUGUUUGAACUGUUAUAGUAUUAAGCCUGAGGGAAUAAAAUUUGAUUCCAAUGAUUCAUUUAAAUUGUCUAUGAAAUAUAAUACAUUGAAGGAACAAUUGGAUUUACUAGUAACGGAUGCAAUAUUAGUAGGUGGUGAAAUCCUUUGGUAUGAGCAGUUUGAAAAAUGGAAAUUAUAUUGGGAAAGAGAAGUUUUACCAUUAUUAAUAUAUGAUUUUGAAGAUUUUGAGAAAUCUAAAAAAAUUAAAUUAAUUCCAGAGAUACUUAACAUUAAUAGGUUGAACAAUUGUUUUAUGAAUUUAGGUAUUCCACUAAAUGUCUCUAAAGUUAUGUUAAAAUGUCUAAGAGAUAUUGAAGAGGGAAUUAAACUAUCAGAUAUAGACGUUGCUGCUUAUUCCAAAAAUAUCGUUGGAAAACAAUUAAAUAUACCAGUUCAAUUACCAGAGUUUGAACAAUUAUUCCAUGUGGAAUUUUUCCCUGAAACUAUAAGGGAUACUGUGGAACUAGGUGUUCCUAUUUCAUACACAGUUAAGAUUGAAAGCAUUGGAUCCAAAUGGGGUGUUCAAAAUAAUGAUGAAGAAUUUAUAUUUGAAUUAUUAAAUAAUAAUGAAUGGCUAAUUCAUGGUAAAAAAAGAAUACGAAUCAAAAAUUGUAAUUCUGAAUUUAAAAUCAUUUUUGUUCCUAUGAGGAAAGGAUAUUAUGCCUUACCAAAAGUAGAAAUAUUUAAUUUAGAAGGUGAACAAUGUAGAGUUGAUAAUCCAAAUCUUUUUGAAACUAUAUUAGUCUUUUAA